AUGGGCUCGCCUUGUUCUGCUCUCUAUGAUGAUUGUGUUGCUUCUCUUGUUGAUGUGUUAUUCCAUGGAUAUAAUGCCACAGUUCUUGCAUAUGGCCAGACGGGGUGUGGGAAAACUUACACGAUGGGGAGUAACUAUACAGGGGAAGAAAGUAAUGGUGGAAUUAUACCUAAAGCAAUGGAAAGUAUAUUCCGAAGGGUUGAGGUGAUGAAAGAUUCCGCGAAAUUUUUUAUCAAAGUAUCAUUCAUUGAGAUAUUCAAGGACAAAGUGUUUGAUUUGCUUGAUCCAAAUUCAUCGGUCUUCUCUAAAGCUGAAGGGGCAUCUUUUGCAAAGCCCACAAUGCACGCAAGAGUUCCCAAACAAAUAAGAGAAAUGGUGAAUGAAGGAAUAACACUUGUUGGUGUGACGGAGGCAGAAGUUAUGACAAAAGAAGAGAUUGCGACACAUCUAUCUCGAGGUUCUCAUUCUUGUGCCACUAAGAGUACAAAUAUGAAUAGUCAAUCAAGUCAGUCACUUGCUAUCUUUACAAUUACAAUGGAACAAAACAAAAUUUCUCACUGCCUGGCUGGAGCAAUAAAUGAUGACCUUGGUGAUGAUAUCUUACAUGCAAAAUUACAUUUAGUCGAUCUUGCUGGUUUUAUACGUGCAAAAAGAUCAGGUGCAGAUGGAAUGCGUUUCAAAGAAGCUAUAUCAAAUGUUUACCACAUUGGAGACUUUCCUUGGUCUAGAGAUUUCAAUGUUGUUACAUUAGCCUCUCUCAGUCCAGCUGAUACAAAUGUUAAGGAAACAAUAAACACUCUGAAGUAUGCAGAUCGUGCUCAUAAUAGUCAGAGCAAGGCAGUUAUCAACCAUGAUCCAAUGCCAGCUCAAGAGCAAAGAAUGAGAUGCUCAAAUAUUUCAUCGACUUUUGAUGAUGGUGCUCAAAAGUUGAAUAUCCUGGUGCUGAAAAUGGAAAUGGUCCUGGAAUUCAGAAUGAUGACUAACACAUUAUAUAAUGAUUUCUUUUCAGUUGCAUUCUGUGUGCAAGUACAAGAUGGGUUAAAAGAGAUUGAUGUUAUCCAAAAGGUUCGUGAAAGUAUCAAGUAUGUCAAUGGAUCACAAGCAAGGCAACGGCACUCUGAGGGUGAAGAUGACUACAUGAAGAGAAUGUGUUGUAAAAUGCUUGCAAAGUUUGAGAAAUAUUGGUCCGAGUUCAAUGUGUUGUUGGCUAUACCAGUUAUAUUGGAUCCUCGAUACAAGCUUCAUUUUGUUGAUUUUUCUUAUACAAAGCUUUAUGGAGAAUGUUCCAUAGAGUAUAUGAAUGUUUGGAGCAAAACGUCAUCUCUUUUCAUGGAAUAUGGUUCUUCUAGUGCUCCCACAAUGACAUGUUCUACCACGACUUCUGAUAGCACUGUUACUAGAGAGGAAAUUUCUACAGUUGCAUCUGAAUCUAUUUUUAGUGUUGGUGGGCGUAUCAUUGUUCAGUUUAGAAGUGCACUAAAAGCAGAUAUUGUGGAAGCAUUAGUUUGCACUAGAGAUUGGUUAUAUGGCGAGGAGCAAGAAACACAAGAAAAAGUUAAAUUGGACGAGUUAACUGAAGAUGUAAUGAAGUUGGAGAACAAGGGCAAGGGCUUAGAGGACGCCUCUUCCAUCAAAGGUUUCGUACUCGACGACGAGCAGCCAUCUUGA